CGUUGCUCAGGCCUCAGCUCACACCCAGCGCCAGGUUCCCUCUCUUCGUCGUCGCUCGCGAAACAAUUAAUGUCUUCUUCUUCCAGCGCUCGAAGCAGCCGCGUGGCCACUUGCCUCGUGCUGGUUCUCCUGCUCGUCAGCCUGCGAGAAGCCUCCGCGGGGCGUCUGCUCCUGCCGGCCGGUGACCUGUCCAGCGAAGUGAAGGACCAGGCCGUCGUCGACAAGUACGCGCCGCUUCUGCUCGCCAUGCUGCCGAGGGCCCCGACGCCGCCGUCCGCCCCGAGCGGCGGCACGAAUGAGGCCGGGAACUGAUGCAGCGUUUUCUUAGAAUCGGAAUUGGUUGAAAAUAGUGAUGGGAUCCAUAAUACUUGUAGGAUAUACGUUCAGUGGUAGAUGGUCUCUGGUCCGUUUUGCUACAAAAUACUUGUACAGGAUUGUUAGAGGGAAACGGACAUAUUGUGUAGGAUAUACUCCCAAAUAUUAUAUACCUUCAUUCUUUCGUUUGCCCCUGAAGUAUUUGUUGAUUGGAACAGUUUUAUCUUGAUCCAUUCUUUGAACAAUUGAUUGUUCACAUCA